GCCCGCGACAGUUGCUGGAGUACUUUCCCGCGCGCCGCACGCGCACCGCACCUCGCUCGUAAACGCCCACAAUUACGUGAUCCCAUUUACAGCCAUUCCUAUUCCAAGUGUGAAAACUAUAUUAAUUGAGCAAUCCUUUGUUUUCUUCGCCGAGGUUUAUAUUUUGUGCAAUCAUUAAAGUGUGCAUAGCGGAAGCAAGGGGUGAACGGUAAAGAUCAGCUGAUUGUAUACUUAGGCAAAUGAGAUGAUAAGGCUGCACCUGACGGACCGACACCUUCGUGUGAUGCUGUGGUGCAUCCUGCUGGGACUGCAGCCAGCGUUCGGUGGCAUACUAGACCCGUUCAACUGGGCCAGAUCUGACAGAAUUGAAGUUAACAUCCCUUGGUUGCCAUUCGAAAAUGAAACGAGAUGCUACGACGAGCUCGGUUGCCUGAACAUCACAAGGAGUUGGUACCACCUCAUCCACCGGCCCUUCAAUGUGUUCCCGCUUCCUAGAGUCGUUAUAAACACAAGGUUUAUUUUAUACACAAAGAAAAAUCCCACCGACGGUCAAAUACUGAAUGUGAACGUGAACAAAACUAUAGUGAAAUCCAACUUCAGCCCGCGACGGCUCACCAAGAUGAUCAUUCACGGGUUCAUCGACACGCCUCUGUCCAACUGGGUCAGUGAGAUGAAGGACGAACUGGUGAAGGCGGGCGACUUCAACGUGGUGGUGGUGGACUGGGCGGGCGGCAGUCUACCGCUAUACACGCAAGCUACCGCCAACACCAGGCUGGUUGGCUUGGAGGUGGCGCACUUCGUCAACACACUACAGAAAGACCACGGUCUGAACCCUCUUGACGUUCACAUCAUAGGCCACUCGCUGGGUGCCCACACUGCGGGUUACGCCGGGGAAAGGAUACAAGGAUUAGGAAGGAUAACAGGCCUGGACCCGGCCGAACCAUAUUUCCAAGGAAUGCCGACCAAUGUGCGCCUCGACCCGACCGACGCUGAAUUCGUAGACGUCAUACACACAGACGGAAAAAGCAUUUUCCUUUUAGGAUAUGGGAUGUCGCAACCCGUGGGCCACUUGGACUUUUACCCGAACAACGGGAAGGAACAGCCGGGUUGUGACCUCACCGAGGGCCCGCUGGUGCCCCUCACGCUGGUCAAACAGGGCCUGGAGGAGGCCUCGAGGGUGCUAGUGGCUUGUAAUCAUGUUAGAGCUAUUAAACUUUUCACGGAAUCUAUCAACGGGAAGUGUUCCUAUAUAGGACAUCAGUGUCCGUCGUACCAACAUUUUCUCGAUGGAAAAUGUUUUCAUUGCGGCCACGGAUGUGCGAUCAUGGGUUUCCACGCCGACAGUUCUCCAGGCUUGAUAACGAACAAGAACAAUCAGUCGGAGAACGAAGUGUACCCGUCUGAGGAACAAGAGACUAUCGGAGCUAGGUACUAUCUCAACACUGGUAAAGAACAACCAUUUUGCCAACGCCACUACAGGAUCGCUAUACAGCUAGCUAACCCGAAAGGAGCGGAGUCUUGGGUUCAGGGCUUCUUAAAAGUGACGUUACUAUCUGACCGAGGAGUAAUUCGAGGGAUGGAUUUAACCCCGAGUAAUUACGUCAAAUUAGAACAUGGAACAUCGUUCACAGUAGUUGUCACACACCCAAUGGAUUUGGGUGGCAAAGUUAGAAAGGUGGAACUAUCGUGGGAAUACGACAUGAAUGUGCUGGAGCCGCGGUCUCUGUGCAUCCUGUGGUGCAACGACCGCUUGUACGUCAAGUCGGUGCUGGUCGACCAGAUGGAGCUGCCUAGCAGAGGGAAACGCAACGUAGACUUCAGUAGUAAGCUCUGCACGCCAAAGCGUGAAUUCGCCGAGAUCCCCAACCGCGGCUCGGCCAGUUUCUACGACAACUGCGGCAGGUAGCGGCGCCAUGCCGGCGCGUCGGCUUUAGCUUCCACCGGCCGCACACUGUGCCACCCUGCUACUUCUCUAACAUUGGCACUGUGUGUCUGGCACCGAACGUGAAAGAGACUGUACAUAAACGGCGGAAACGCAACGUUUGAUUCGUGAAUCCGUUGCCGUACAAGAAACGCCUGUGUACAGGGCCGGAUUUCCGCCUAGGCCCAGGCAACCUAGCAAUGGUUUUGUGAUGGAGAAGGGCCCUAAAUUUCCAGUGCUAUACCAAGUGCCUAGGGAUCCGAGGUCUCUGAAUCCGCGCCUGUCUUUGCACUCAAAUGCAGUCUACGGUACUUGAAGAUCUGUCAUGCAGGCGUAUCUCAUCAUAUCAGCCGGAGCACGUCCACUAUUGGACAGAAAUCAUGCUCAUGUUCAAGAAUAUCCACAUUUUGGUUGUGCGUGCCUUCAUUCAAAUCAACUGACUAGAUUGGUCCACUAUUUUAGAGGCUUUUCCACGUUGUACGAUAUGUCCGGUAUGUGGACGAAAGGCGAUAUCUUACCGGUACAAAAAACAUUUGAACAUCACAAGAAAUUAAAAUAGUGAAGUAUUUAGUGAUGUGGAUAUUGUGGAUGGAUCGGGGAGUGAGGAACCAGUGACUGUGAAUCCCAGUGAUGAUUAUAUACAGGGUGACGUGAGAUUCUGUACCUAAAUUAUAAACUUGUUGACGUUAAUGUUUAAGGCGCUGUUGAAUACUCGUUUAAAUAUAGUUUAGGUAUUGAAGUAAACUUGUUUCGAAAGUAUUUGUGGCCAAUUUGGAUCUUAUUAAACUCAACGUAUAAAAUGGUAGAUAUAUUUUCGAUGAUAUAAUUCUGUUAUUUAUUUAUUGAGGGUUUAUGUUUUUUUUCUUGCGGUUGUUGUAAAUAUAAUAAAGUUAAGUUUGAUAAAAAAAAGUAAACACUAUAUCUAUAAGCAUUUAUACAAAGUAAGUCUGAACAAAUUUUAUUUAUUUAAAGGUGAUUUUAUACUUGCCGAAUAAAAUUGCUAAAACCUA